UGAAAUAUGUGUGCAAUGGAUCAGCAAUGAUUCGGGAAAAGGGGAGUAUUUUUUUGGAACUGAGUAGGGCAUUUUUUUGGUAGGGGAAUCCUUGUUCAUCCCUAAAACCUGUUUAAUUUUGUAGCCUCCUUCCUUUUAACAGUUCAAUCCCUUCUCCUCUGAAGUUGAUUGCAAGAAUGCUUCCUCAGCGCAUGAAAAAAGCUGUUACUGAUAACCCUAAAAAGCUUGCCAACUUGAUUGACCUCGUUAACCUUCCUUCCACUCUCAGAGACUUCAUCGGUCAAUCUCAAACUUCUCGUUUAUCUUGCUUCAUGCGUGUUUGGUCUUACAUCAAAACCAACAAUCUCCAGGAUCCAAAUAACAAGAAUGUGGUGAACUGUGAUGAGAAGUUGAAAGGUAUUUUACUUGGGAAACCUCAGGUUGAUUUAGCAGAACUUCCAGAACUUAUCAAGCUACAUUUUCCGAAAGAGCCAAAGUGAUAUUAGUAUAGGAGCCUAGCAGUUGAAGCACUAAAUCGGGAAGUAAUCUUUUUGCUGUAUGAAUGGAUUAAUCUUAUUACAUGUAAUCCAACUUAAAAAUGUCCUGUAUUGCUGCGGGAUUUUGCAUUUCAUAAAUUUUGUAUUUAAGAAGCUUUCUCGUUGCAGUUAUGAUUUUGUAUGCAUAGAUUGUGUGUAUUAUCAUUUAUGCAGAGUCAUGUUUUUCUUUGAA